AUGCCCCUCAAGAUCAUCAUCGUAGGAGCUGGCAUCGGUGGCUUCACUGCGGCAAUUGCUUUAAGGGAACAGGGUCAUGAAGUUACUAUUUUCGAACAAUCCCAAUUUGCCUCGGAAUAUGGUGCUGCGAUUCAUAUUCAACCGAAUGCGAACGGAAUAUUGAAAAGAUUGGGUGUAUUUCUGGAGGAGAGCGGCGCAAAUUCUUUGCAUUGGAUGACAGAGUACACAUCAUCCGGCUCAUUGAACCGGACUAUGGAUCUAAUUGAGGAAGACAAGCAAUGGCAUCAUCCCUGGUUCCUAGCCCACCGCGUGCAACUCCACUCCCAUCUUAAAUCCAAAGCCCUCACUUUAUUUCCCCCACACCCUCCCAUUACCCUCCUCACCUCCCACAAAGUAACCACUCUCGAUCCCACUACAUCCACCGUGUAUUUCUCAAACGGUACAUCCUGCACCGGCGAUCUGAUCAUCGGUGCAGAUGGCGUCCACAGCCUCACUCGUUCCUUUGUCCAAACCCCAGAUAGCAAAAUCUCCCCUUUCGCGUGUGGAAAAAGCGCUUAUCGUUUUCUUCUCUCUCGUUCCUCCGUUCUUUCUAACCCCAAAACUGCAAAAUUCAUGCAGAAAGAUGGGGAACUGAUCAUGUGGUUUGGGACCGAUCGGCGCGUGAUAAUUUAUCCAACUUCUUCUAAUUCCUUACUUAAUUUCGUUUGUUUACAUCCUGAUACAUUGUCUGAAAAUACGGAUAAUGGAGAGGGAUGGGGAAAGGGAGGUGAUAAAAAGAAUUUGUUGAAGAUUUAUGAGGGUUGGGAUGAAGAUAUGUUGGAGCUGUUGAGAAUGGCUCCUUUGUCUGAUGCCUCUGAUACAAAUGCAACCGGCGCCCUCAAAGUCUGGCGUCUUCUUGACAUGCAUCCACUCCCCACUUUUACAAAGGAAAAUCUUGUAUUGCUAGGCGACGCAGCACAUCCAUAUCUACCUCACCAAGGUCAGGGGGCCGGCAGCGCUAUUGAAGAUGCAGCUGCUUUAGCAGUGGUUCUCUCGGGCGAUGUGAGAAAAGAAGAUAUUCAAGAACGGUUGAAAUUGUACGAGGAAAUCAGAAUGGGGAGAGCUCAUCGGAUUCAGGAAUUUUCGAGGGUUUUAGGAAGAGAUCCUGGGGAGGGAAAUGAUGUUAUUAUUGAUAUUCGCCAAUUCGUGAACCACAACUUGCAGCAUGACGAAUGGGAUAAUUCUACCCAUGAACUCCGAAAAUGGAUGUGGAAACGCAAUCCUCAUCUUUCUGCUUACUAUUUAAGACCCGCUAGUUUUGGACCCCUCCCCUCUCCCGGUCUUCCUCAUCAAUAUACAACCAAACAGACCUCGUCAGGACCUGGAACCUCAUCAAUUUUAAACCCCCACCUCAAUUCCGCCCUCACAAAAACCACAGCAACACUAACCUUCACCACCUCACGCACACUCCUCCAAAACUUCUUCCCCAUCGAUUCCGACAAAUUUCGCAUUAUCCAUCCAGGAUGUAUCUCAACCGCUUCUUGGCGCUGGACUCGUUGGGUAUUCGAUACCCCAGAAACAUCCACAGAUGUGAAUCUAGAUGCCUCUCCAGAGACAUACGAGCAACUAUGGUUUUGCAUCGAGAAUGUGGAGUACACUACAGACGAAGGAAAUACUCUGCAAGGAACAUUCGUACCGAUGGUUUUUGAGACUACUUCUUUGUAUAGAUCUGCGACGCAAAUUAUCAAGAGUGAUGAUGAGGAAGAACAUGAUGCCGAGAUAGCUACACAUGAACUCCUCAUUUGUAGUCGGGAAACGGGCCAGCGGAUUGUGAAUUUGCGGCUGGAAAAUCUGGUAGCAGUUUCUAGAGAAGAGAAGGAUAAGGAUAAGGACGGAGAGCAAAAGAAAAAAGAUACAAAAACCGAAGAAGAAACAAAAGGUCUCCUAUCAUGGCGAUACGAAGAAACCCUUUCUUCCGACACAGAUAUCAAACUUAACCCUACAACGCCAACUCCAACUCCAUCUCUCCCCCAGGGAAAAAUUCACUACACGCCUGUCCUUGCUCCUCCCUCUUCAGCAUAUAUUUCUACCUCUUUAGAAACCUCCACACCCCCAUUCUCAUCGUUCAAUGUCAAUCACCAUGACCAUGAAGAUACCGACAAGAUCCCGUGCGAAAUUAAAGGUUUCAUGUCGAGUCCGGAACUUGCACCUGCUCGUUUGCAUGAUGAGUAUGAUGAUGGGGAGAGGGAGAAAGGAAAGGAGAAAGAGAAAGAGAAAGAGAGGAGGGAUGUCAUAGAGACUAUGGUUAAGAGAUUGGAGGAAGUAUCUUGCUAUGAGGUUUUGGGCGCGAGGAUGGAGGUUAUGGAGAUGGGGGGUUGA